UUGAGUGGCCAAACCGAGGCUGUGCUGGGCUGAGGGGGUGGAGAGGCUUUUGUCAGUCAAAUCCCGAAGGCAGCAGCAGAGGAGCAGGACACGAAGCGCUGCGCGGCGUCAAGGCUCUGAAAAUGGCCUCACUUCUGCAGAAGCUUAUCACCCCACUGUUCAGCGGCCCGGCCGAGCCACCCAGGAAUAAGGUGACGGUGGUGGGGGUGGGCCAGGUGGGCAUGGCCUGUGCCGUCAGCAUCCUGCUCCGGGAGCUGGCAGAUGAGCUUGCCCUGGUGGAUGUGAUGGAGGACAAACUGAAGGGGGAGAUGAUGGACCUGCAGCACGGCAGCCUCUUCCUCAAAACACCCAAGAUAGUCGCAGACAAAGACUACGCUGUUACUGCCAACUCCCGCAUCGUGGUGGUGACGGCCGGCGUGCGUCAGCAGCAGGGCGAGAGCCGGCUGAACCUGGUCCAGAGGAACGUCAACAUCUUCAAGCACAUCGUCCCUCAGAUUGUCCGAUACAGCCCCAACUGCAUCAUCAUUGUGGUCUCCAACCCAGUUGAUGUGUUGACCUACGUCACCUGGAAGCUGAGCGGUCUUCCUAAACACCGUGUCAUCGGCAGUGGCACCAACCUGGACUCCGCCCGCUUCCGCUUCCUGAUGGCCGAAAAGCUGGGAAUCCACUCCAGUAGCUUCAAUGGCUGGAUACUGGGAGAGCAUGGAGACACCAGUGUGCCUGUGUGGAGCGGAACCAACGUGGCCGGAGUCAACCUGCAGACACUGAACCCCGACAUCGGCACCGACAACGACGCCGAGAACUGGAAAGAGACCCACAAGAUGGUGGUGGACAGUGCCUAUGAGGUGAUCAAACUGAAGGGUUACACCAACUGGGCCAUUGGAAUGAGUGUUGCCGACCUGACAGAAAGUCUCAUCAAGAACAUGAACCGGAUCCAUCCCGUCUCGACCAUGGUGGAGGGCAUGUACGGGAUCAGCGAUGAGGUGUACCUGAGCUUGCCCUGUGUGCUGAACAGCGGGGGCGUUGCAAGUGUCAUCAACAUGACCUUGACAGAGGAUGAGGUAGCCCAGCUUCAGGCGAGUGCCAACACACUGUGGGACAUCCAGAAGGACCUGAAGGACAUCUAAUUGAGUGGCAGGGGGAGAGCAUCAUAAGCCACUCCUCUCUGUAGCUCACCACCAGCUACUCAGCAGCCACAAGGUUAAAGACGGUCACCCACCUUUCACACUUUCAGUGAUGUAGAUUUUCAGGCGGACAGGGCGCUUGUUCGGACAGAAUUAGUUAGGACAGUGGUUCUGAAUCAGGUCCUCAGGCACCACCCGUAC